CCGCCUGCCGGGCGUUUGUGAGCAUCGCAGCGUCCAGCUCUCACGUGAUCGUCGCAAUCGUGAGGAACCGAGCAGGAAGCGGACCAUGGCGUCGGUGUUCGGUGGAGUCGAAGGCGGGGGGACCCACUCCGUGGCCGUGCUGGUGGCAGAAGAUGGCAGGAUCCUUGCAGAGACCGAGGGGGCCUCCACCAACCACUGGUUGGUGGGCGUGGACAAAUGUGUCGAAACGAUCAAUGAAAUGGUCCAGAGAGCCAAGACGGAGGCGGGACUGGAUCCGAACACGCCGCUCCGCUCUCUGGGCAUGUCUCUGAGCGGGGGCGAGCAGAAGGAUGCCGUCGACCAACUGAUCGCUCGCGUGCGAGAGCUGUUUCCCGAUCUGAGCCAAAAUUAUGUCAUCACCACCGACGCCAUCGGUGCUAUGGCCACCGCGAGUGAUCGCGGAGGCGUCGUCUUGAUAUCGGGGACGGGCUCCAACUGCAAAUUAGUUCAUCCGGACGGGUCCCAGAUUGGCUGCGGCGGCUGGGGUCACAUGAUGGGCGACGAAGGCUCCGCUUUCUGGAUCGCCCAUUUGGCUGUAAAGACGGUGUUUGACGCCAGAGACAAGCUGGCUCCACCUCCUCAUGAUGUGACGCACGUGAGAGAAGCAAUGGAGCAGUAUUUUAAGGUGUCCGAUCUGAUGGGCAUGCUGCCGCACCUGUACAGAAACUUCCGGAAGUCCCACUUUGCCGGUUUCUGUCAGAAGCUGGCUGAAGGCGCCGAGGCCGGCGAUGCUCUGUGUCAGUACGUGUUCGCUGAGGCUGGGAGAGUCCUCGCCAGACACGUGCGCGCCGUCCUUCCCGCGGCACAGGCUCUACUGGGCGCCGACCUCGGCCUGCCCAUCCUGUGCGUGGGCUCGGUGUGGAAAAGCUGGGAGCUUCUGAAACCUAGCUUCGUCGAGGUCCUGGAUAAGGCGGCGGCGUCCGACGAGUUCGAGGGCCGCUUCCGUGGCUACAGCCUCCUGAUGUUGAAGCGGUCGUCGGCGCUCGGAGGCGCGAGUCUCGGAGCUCGGAGUUCGGGUGCCGUCUUAAGGGUGGACUACGCGGCCAAUGUCAAUGUCUUCUACCGCCACUCCUGCAAGCACUAGCACGUUUGUAUAUGACACGUGAUCCUCGGGUGCCGUGUACGGGAUUGUGACGUCAAUUCAUCCCAAUUCCACGAAGUUGAGCGCUACAGGUUAGGAUUCCUAUUGUCCGUGAUCGAGCGAUGCCGCUUGCGCUCGUGACAGGCAGCCAUUCGGGAUGUGGCGCGUACAUGCAAGGUGCUAAAUACAAAUACUUUGAAGAGCGAAUGAUUCGAUUUUUUUGGAAUGGUCAAUCCCAACACGACUUCAUUCUAGGUUCUUGUCAUGUGUAAAGAAAACUCCAACCCAUUUGUCUUUAACGUCUUUAUUUUUAUUGGAAUUAAUACUCUGUCUCUUUGGACCUCUUGACUUUUACGGAUUCUGUCAACUAACUCCCAAAAAAAACAAAACGAUGAUUUUGUGUUGCACAAUCCACCUGGCAAACAUUCCUCUCCGUGUGACCGGGCAUGCCGCACCACACGGCGAGUUCUGCUUUGACCGGAACGGCACGAUCAGCUGCUGUGUUCAAAUAAACCGAACUUGACGCUAUCGAAGUGAAAUGUUCCUACUCAUUAACGGUCACAUUUAUUACGCGGGAAAAAAAACAUUGAAACAGAUUGAGAAGUGAACCCGAUUGGACUUUUUUUCCUAUGACUCGUGACAUAACCGGCUCAAGAGAAGAACUUCCUCAUUCGAAAGGAUAACCGAGACCACGCAAGAGGCCAAACAGUCCACCGCUUUGAAACCAGGCGGAUGACGACGGUCACAAUAUGCUCCUACGCAUCUCCUCCCGACGCGCCAGGUUACCCGGUAGACUCAAAACAGGAUGAGAAGGACAAACGGCAAACUGGAGGAGA